AUGGCAAAUUGUUUUUGUAAAUUUAUAUUAAAAACUUUUUGUAGAAAAAAGAAAAGUCAACAAUCUUUUAGUGAAAAAAUUUUAGACGAUACACAAGAAAUAUUUAAUGAUUAUAAGACAACAUCAACACUUAUACCGACAGUGCUUAAAGCUAUUGAUGGCGUGUUAAACGGAGAAAGGAAAGAACUACGGCAUGACUCGGUGAUUUCUAUUUCUCGAUCAGAGCUCGACGCUUUAUUAGAUGAAAAGAUGAAAAUAAUGCCAACUUUGCCAGAAGAAAGCAUGAAAAUUAUAUUUAGACACGUCAACGAAGAAUCAAGACAAGAUCUCAUUUCAUGUCUUUUGGUGGAUAAAUAUUGGUGUAGUAACGCGUUGCCUCUUUUAUGGAAUCGACCAUUUGAUAUUGUGUCUCGUGAUAAUCGACAUAAACUUGUCAGAACUUAUAUUUCUUGUCUUGAAGAAGAAGAAAAAUGCAAUCUAAAUUUUAAAUUAAGAUCUUUCAAAAUCAAAAUUCCUUUUGCAGCGAAAGCGUUAUUCAAAUAUGAGAGAUACUUGGAAGAGUUUUCAUAUAAUAAUUUGUAUUUGUCAGCCGAUGCCGGUAUAAGAAAAUAUCUCAGUCAAGAUUUUAUGGGUCACAGCAUACAUACACAAACGUUAUUAAUAGUUGCAUCGCUUUGUCAGCUAAUCAUGCGAGAUAGUACAAAUAUGACAUGUCUAUUAAUUUCUAAAUUUUUUGGUAAAAUGGACCUUCCGGAUAAGGUUACAUUCAUGAAUUCUCAUCGUAGUUUAUCGAAUCUUUCAAAAUUUCAGUUCGAAGUUCAAAGAAUAUCAGAAAAUACCAUGUCAUUAUUACAAACUAUUUCGAAAUUAUGUACGAAAAUUCAACACUUGGAGAUAAAACUUUCUUCAUAUCCUGAUAGAAAUAAUGAAAUAGCAAUAAUGGAAAAUUUUUCAAGAAUUAUUAUUUCUCAGCAAAAUUUAAAAGAGCUUUUAUUGUCAGGAGCGAGAUCAGUAGAUGGUAUAGAAAUAAUUUUGCAAGCUUUAGAAUCACAAACCGAAUCUUUACAUUCAUUAGAAUUCACAUGGAUGGAUUUCACCGCUGUCAAUUUAUUUCCGUUAACAAAAUGCAAAUCUUUAAAACAUUUGACGGUUCAGUAUUGUCAAGGAUUGACAACAGAAUCCACAUCAUUAUUACAAGCACAAUUUUCAUUGGAGUCAUUAAAAUUUGGAUGUUCACCGGUAUCAUACUCAACACAAUUAGUACUAUUACCAAUAUUUGGUAAAACGGUGAAGAAAUUAAUAGUAGAUUUAUUGAAUCAAGAAAUAAUUGCUGCGAUUUUAAAUAAUUGCCAAGAGAUCAGACAUUUAAAAUUAGAAAAUUGUUUCAUACAAAAACCAAUUAAAAUUGGGAAACUCUUGCACGGACUGAUAAAACUUGGAAAGUUAGAAAUCUUUAUAAACGUAAAAAAUGGAGAUUAUGAAAAUAUGAUACUAAAUUCGCGAGAUUUACCAAAGUCUCUGGAAUGCUUGAUUUUAGAGUGCGGGUUCACUACUAUUCAAUUAGAUGACUUGCUAAAAAAUUGUAAAUUAAAUAGUUUGUAUAUUAAUUAUUCGAACUUCGAGUCAUCACAUUUCAGAGUCGUCGCAGAAUAUGCAAAACGGACAAAGGAGAUGAAGAUUUUAGGGAUUGAAAGUGAUAGAAAAUGGAUGGUUGGUGAAAAGGAGGCGUGGGAGCUGGAAAG